AUGUUCGCAUUUUAUUCAGAUUUAAUUGAUAAAAGUUAUUGUCCAUUUCCUAAACUUAACCCAUAGUAAAGCUAUCUAAAUGAUGUAUAUAUGAAUAAAGAAAACAUAAAGCAAUACAAAAGUAUAAAUGAUUAAUUGAUAAAUAGUUCCAUCUAAGAAAUACAAUGUCAUAACAGAUGAAUAAAGAAACUCAUUAAUCAAGAUGAUAACUGAGGAUGGAAUAUCUAUCAAAAAUGCUUCUGAAAAGUGUUCUAUAAAACUGUCAACGGCCAAAGCAAUACUGAAAGUAUAUAAAACUUAAGGAAGAGUAGGAAAAAAGUAAUGUAGAUAAAGGAAAGCAAGAACAAAAAGUAAAAUAGAGAAUGGAAGAAUUGAUUUAAUGAUGGAAAUAAGAAAGAAGUUGCCUAAGAUUGGAUUUAAGUAUAUAUUGAUAAAUAUAUAUAUAUUAGUUAAUACUUGUGUUUUGCUACUUAAUAAUAGUUUAGUAAGCCUGUUAAAGAAGAAUAAUAGUGAUUAUAUGUAUUCAGUUUUAUAAUGAGUAUGUUGGUUUUUUUCGCCAAUAAUUCCCUCUCCAAUUUAUUAUAAUCUUAUUUAAUGAGUAAUAUAUAGAUUGAAAAUAUUGAAUAUCCUGAAGAUGAUGAGUCAUUUGUUGAGUCAGAUGAUUCUGAAUUGAACCCAUUUUAGUUUGAGUUAGAUUAAUAGAAAUCAAAGGAUGAGAGAGUAGAGAUAAUGUAUCGGGCUUUGUUAAAGAAUAGAGAUAAUAUUCUUGAAGUGAUUUCAGAUGCAAAUCAUAACUUAAAAAAGUUAAGGAAAUAUGCAUCUGUAUUAUAGAAGGAACAUUAGAUCUUUAAUAUAUUAAAAAAAGCAUAUGAAGAUUUAAAGCAUAAAACAAUCAAUCAUGACUAACUUUUGAUUAGUUUAGAGAAAGGUUAUGAAAAAUAAAUUUAAGAAGUAUAUUAAAGAUUCUAUUCAAUUAGCUGUCAAAUGAAUUACAAUAAUUAAAUCAAUAAAUGAUUCAAUAAGCUCAAGAAUUUGAAAAGUAGGCUUGUUUGUAUAAAUAACAAUUAACAUAAAAAUAAGAGUAGUUAACACUAAAAGAAUAAGAGAUAAUAUUUAUAAAAAAUAAUGAACUUCAAUUAUCUGAUAAAUUAAAGAAUUCUUAAGCAGAAUUGGUUAAAUUAUAAAAAGAGUCCAAUGCCAUUAAAAAAAUAAAAACAUCUAAUUUCUUGAAUUUGAAUGAAAAAUCUGAUUUCCCCUUUUCUACAUUUGAAUUAGUCAUAGCAACUAAAAUUAAAACAUAAUUAGUAUCAUUUUUAAGUUCAAAAGACAUUGUAAAUUUGUGUUUAACAAAAAAAUCAAUAUAUUUUGCUUUAUGUUAAUUUAAAGUAGUAAUACCAUAAAUUAUCAGAUGUUCAACUAUUUAAUAUUAAUCAUAAAUGAAGUUGUUAACCAAACAAGUUGAUUUAUUCAAAAGAUUAUCAAAUGAUUGUCCAGAAUAAAUAGUUAAGACUUAAAUAAUAAAAUAUUUUGAUGCUAAUUUGAAUCCAAAUGAAUGGCUUGAUCCAAUUAUAAUAGAAGCUAAUAAUUUUGUAAAAGGUUCAUAAUUCUUGGGUAGACUAGAACAUAUUGAAAAUGCAGAUUCUACAGAUGGUUUAAAAACAUUUGUAUAAUCAAUGGCUACUCGUUCUUAAUAAACUUCUAAUCUAUUAAAAUCAGAUCCAUUUAAUUUAAGUUAAUUUACAGCUAAUUUAAUUAUUAAUUCAAAUGAUAGAGAAGCAUUUUAAAAAGAAAGAUAAAAUCAAUUAAAAAAAUUAAAAGCAAGUUAAUCUGAUGUUUAAGAGAAAAUAUUUAAUUUAGGAACUGCUGUUGCUGCAGAUGUAGGUCUAUUUGGAUUAUAUUUGGCAACAAUGUAAAGAAUUUUUGCAUCACUUUAUGUAUUUGGAAGUUAUAUUAAUAUUGAAUGUAGAUCACAAUCUUCUUUAAUUUAUUAUUUAGCUGAAUAACAUUGGUAAUUAAUUUAGAAAUAAACUAUAUUGGAAUCUAUGAUAUAAGAUAGAUAAUAGAGAAUUUAAAAUAAUAAUAAUGAGAUUAAAGCUUUAAAGUAUAAUCAUAACUAUAUUUUAGUGAAUAAACUAAAGGCUUGUAAGAUUUGAUUAAAACAUUAUAAGCAAGUAUUAAAGCUCAUAAAAUUGAGACUUUAAAUGAAUAAACUGAAAAAGCUAAGAUAAAAUAAGAGUUAUAAGAAACAAAGUAAUUGUUGUUCAGUUAUGGAAAAAACAUUAAAUUACUAGCACUUGAAAUAAGAGAACUAAGAAAGGUAAAUAAAGAAAUUGUGAUGUAAAAUAACAAAGCUGCUUCCCAAAUUUCAGAUCUGAAAUCUCAAGUAGCAUAAAUUUAAGUUUGAA